ACAGGGUAUGCAUAGGUUCUAUGAAAAUGCUGUGCCCUUUUCUGUAAGGGGCUUGAACAUCUAUGGAUUUUGGUAUAUGCAUGAGGUCUAGGAACCAGUUCUUUCCAGAAACCGAAGGACAACUGUAUAUUGUGUAAUGAUCAAAUCAGGAAAUUUAGCAUAUCCACCUAUCACCUCAAGCAUUAUUUCUGUGUGAUGAAAGCAUUCAUAUCUAAGGAAAUGAUCUUUCUGCAGAGAUCUCUCUGCUUCCUUGAAUACAUACAGUGGGUUGUGUGCUGACUAGAGUAGACAGAAGGCUAUUUCAGGAGAAUGGAGAGGACAAGGGCAUAGACUAGAGUGGGAACCGUAGUCCAGAAGAGAAGUAUAUUUCUUCAGAAAAUAUUUGAGGGAAGAGCUAAGAGGACUUGCUAAUGAAGUGGUUAAGGGGUAAGUAUGAUGGAAAGAAAAGGUCAAAAUGAUCACCAGGAUGCGUGGUGAAGAUACUAGGUAGAUGGGAAAGCCAUGUUCUAGGAUGGGUAGACGUAGGGAAAAGCUUUGCAAGGGAAAUGAAGAAUUUGUUUCCAGCCAUUUGAGGUAUUUUUAGGGAUCCAAGUGGAAAUAUCCAACUGAGCUUUUGCAUAUAUGAAUCUGGGGCCCUUAGAGGAAGUCGUAGCUGAAUAUAGACAUUUCAGAAUCCACUGCCUUUGGAUUCUGUUUAGAGCCAUAGUCUUGGGGAUAUCACCUAGAGAGAGAUUAGAGAGAGGGAUCUUGCACAGAAGAGUUAUUUAAAAGCCAGUUAAGUGGGCGGUAAAUUACCAGAAGGCAAUAUCAUCAAGAACUCAAGCCAGGAAGUUUUUUCUAAGAAUGGUGAGUGUUGUCAGACAUUUCUAGGAUAAAGGACAAGGUGAAGACUGGGGCGUGGUGAUUAUGUGUGGCUAUGUGGAAUCAUUAGCAUCUCGGAUAAGAAGGGGAUGGAGUUCUCAAAAUAAGAUACUGAGAAAUGGAAAAGAGAGAGACCACUGGAAAAACUCAUGCGGUUACAUGCAGGCUUGAAUAAAAUCCGUUUUUAAAACUGGUUUCUAGGACAGAUCAGCAUAGGAACGUACAGGGUGAAAUGCUUGCACAGGUGUUCGCUGAGCUCCCAGCAUGGCUUAAGGAAGACUGAAACCAGAAUGGGUUGAAGUUUGGAAAACAUUACUGAGAACCAAAGAUUCUGUGAGCAUUUGUACAGAACAACGCAGUGGCUAAGGAGGGGUCACUUAUCAUCAUGCCUACCAACGCCAUCACUAUGACCGAUGGGGACUAUGACUAUCUGAUUAAACUCCUGGCCCUUGGAGAUUCAGGGGUUGGGAAGACGACAUUUCUUUAUAGAUACACAGAUAAUAAAUUCAACCCUAAAUUCAUCACUACAGUGGGAAUAGAUUUCCGGGAAAAACGUGUGGUUUAUAACACACAAGGACCAAAUGGAUCUUCGGGGAAAGCAUUCAAGGUGCAUCUGCAGCUUUGGGACACUGCAGGACAAGAGAGGUUCCGGAGCCUCACCACCGCGUUUUUCAGAGACGCCAUGGGCUUCUUGUUAAUGUUUGACCUCACCAGUCAACAGAGCUUCUUAAAUGUCAGAAACUGGAUGAGCCAACUGCAAGCAAAUGCUUACUGUGAAAAUCCAGAUAUAGUAUUAAUUGGCAACAAGGCAGACCUGCCAGACCAGAGGGAAGUCAAUGAACGGCAAGCCCGGGACCUGGCUGAAAAAUAUGGCAUACCAUAUUUUGAAACAAGUGCUGCGACAGGACAGAAUGUAGAGAAAUCUGUGGAAACCCUUCUGGACUUAAUAAUGAAGCGAAUGGAACAGUGUGUGGAGAAGACACAAGUCCCCGACACUGUCAAUGGUGGAAAUUCUGGAAAGCUAGACGGGGAAAAGCCCGCAGAGAAGAAAUGUGCCUGCUAAACUCUACCUAGGAACUGAUAAUCAAGAACCCCACCCAAAUAUUCCUCCCCAAAGCAAUGAUAAGCCACACAAUCAUUGUUGAGUAGACCAUGAACAAAGGCAUGUCUUUCUUUUUCUGCCAGAUCUGUUUUAAGAAAUCAGAGUAGUCAACAGUGUUCGAACAAAUUGACCAAUUCUCCUUGAGCCCCUUCCAAACACAGAUUUUUUUUUAAGGUGAUCUCACCAUCAUGGAUGUUUUUUUUUUUUUUUUAAUAAAGAAGUUGAGCAUAUAAGAGAAAAUAUAAGAAAGAAAUGUUGGUGAGUUUUAAAUGAGAACAAACAUUACCUUUUCACAUUGGAGAAGGAAGGAUGACUAAAGGUGAACAUGGAAAGUUGCCUUUAAAAAAGAUUAUAUUUACUUUUUGUACAGAAUCUGAUACCUAGUUCCACAUUUGCAUUGGGGAAAAUAUAAUAGCAACAAUGGUUAUACAAUGACUAAUUCUAUAUAGCUCAUAAAAGAAUGACAUUACUGUGCAUAGCCAAUAAACGACACUAAAAUGCUCAAGUGCUGCUAGGGUUGUGAGAGGGUGAUUGUCAGAUUUCUGCGAAAAUGAGGAGAUUGCAUAACAAUGUCAUUUUUAUAUUCCUAACAAGUGGCAGAUAGACCAGAACAGAACUAUGAUGGCAGAGUAGAAGUGAUUGCCUAAAGGAGAAACGAAAGUAUGGGGAUAUGGCAUUUGGACAGCUGAGAUUAAAUGUAUCUGUCCAGAUGCCUGGAAAAGUUACUUAGCCAAAUUUCACUGAAGCCAAUUAGAAGCUGACAUUAUUCAUUGGAAUUAGGAGGCUCUCCAGAGGUUUCUAUUUCAAACAAAAUGUUAGGAAUCCAUGGGGGUGGUGUUCAGCUUCAUGUUUCAUUUUCCAUAGCAUAUCUUGAUAAAUAGUCACAAGGAGAAAUAAACUGUUGCUGUUUACAAAGUAUCUCUUUUAAAAAUUAUUGUCAAGAAAAUCUAUCUAAUCUUAAAUUUUUUAAAGAAACAUAAAAUGUGUUGGUGAUAUAAAACCAAAAAUGACUAUCAAUUGUGGGUUUCCUUUGUUUACAAAAAUCUGGGAGACUCUAAGUCACAUACCUUCCUUCAACCUUGGCUUUGAAAACCAUUGCAGAAAAGCAGGUGUAUCAUUUGUAGAUCCGCAACUUCAGAAUAAGGAUGGAGCAACUCUGUGGUCACUCUGGAUUUUCAAAUGAUUAAUCACAUAGAAAUUGAAGAUAUCUCCUUAUUAAAAUGUCUUUUUUUAUUUUGCCUAAGGCAAAAGAACACCUAUGGUUGGAACUGUAAUUGAGGAGUGAACAGGAACAGAGCUCUAUCUUAUCUCACCAAAAUUGUGGCAAAUUGUUCUAUUUUUUUUAAUAUAUAUAUAUAAGCUGUCUUUUCUUUCUAAGUAUUGUCACAAAGUAUUUUCCAUUGGCCAGUUCUCAACAUCAUCUAAACUAAUAUUACAUUCAUUUUUAUCUCAGUUUCUGAUAUCCAUAAGCAUUCCUAUAACAAUAUUAAGAAUGUUAUCAAUUUUAACAAAGGCAAUGCAAUACAAUUUUCCAUUUUGAGUAUAGGGUUUUUUUAAUAGGAUGGCUCCUCCUCUUAUAUUUUUUUCCAGCUACACCUAGUUUUUCCAUACUCUAUGCACAUUUAAUUUAUUAAAUUAUAUACAUUAGAAACAAAAUACCAGCACCUUCCCCCUCGUCAGUAUCAUAAGCAUAGGCAGAUCCAAGGGAAUGUCUGUUUGUAAGGUUCACAGGAUGGUCUAGACCCAUCAAUGUGCCUCAGGUCAGAACGAUCUGGAAGCUUUGAUGGGAUCAGUCCCCGUGUAGCUCUCAGUGCCCAGCACCUCUGACUUCUGGAGCACCACACCAGCUUCUAAGAUGGAUCAUGGUUGGCUUUCCCUUACAAAGGUAUUUUCUCUGGAAUGUUCUUCAAAAUCUCAGUGCCUGUGCCAUGAAGAUAGAAAGUUAUUACUUAAGAUAUUUCUUCUGGAAAGAAAGUGGCGGGGAAUGAUAUAACCACUGCUGUGGCCAAUUUUGGUGAACUUUUGUGGUCAUGAUAAUUUCUUCUUUGGAUUCCAAUUGUGAUGUCCCCUGCAUUUUCCUAACAGGGAAUGUUUGUUCUUUAUAAAAUGCCAAAGCAAUUAUUUUGUUUUGAUAUGUCUUUUAGUUCCUCUUCAUUUUCCAAUUACAUGAUUGAUUUCCUUAUGCCAAGAUUCUGUCACUGUCAGUUAUUUAAUGAGUAUUUUUUCAGGGUCUGUUUUAAGAUCAUUAUUUGAUAGCUGUAGCAUGAAGCAGAAGGUGAUGGUGCCUGUAAUUAUAGAACUAUGCUUGUAAAAAUAACAAUUAUUGGGUAACAAUCUCAACAGGAAUGAAAUUUAAGACUGGAAAGAAAUUAAAAUAUUAUUCUACUUACAAAUAAAACCUUGUCUAAAAAAAUAUUUUCUCAGUAAAAUUUGGCAUCUGACCCAAAAUCUAUGUAAUCCAUUGUUAGAAUGGGAUCUCUCAUUAUUUCAGUAUUAAUAGCUCUGUAUUAAUUCAUUUUAUAAUUUCAAAUUGAUCUUCUACUAUGAUAUGGAACUCCAUGUUUUUAUAUUCCAGAACAGCAUAUAUUUUUAGCCACAAUGUGUCCUGUUAUUAAUUAUCUCCCAAUCAGAAAACCAUAGUGUAUUUUGGAGACCUACUUUAAAAGUACAUGACUCCUUUCUGAUACAGAAUCCAUUUCUGUGGAGUUUACACUGGUUUGAUGUUUACAUUUCCCUAACUCAGUGCCGCAGAUACCUCUGUGACCAAAUUCGUCUCCAGCCACAUAGCUCACUUCCUCUAACCUUGUGUUUUAGGAGGGCUUCACAGAGACAGUCCUCCCACAGCUAAAGGUCUUCUGAGAUCUUCAGCAAAAGAUUCAAGGACUUCUUGGUAUCUGGAGACAACCACCACCUUCUCUUCAUUUCCUAGCUUGCUUCUCGUGGAUGGGCAUUCCUGGAUACUCUUGAUUUGUGAUUAGGUACAAGGCUGUGGUUUAAUGUAAAAACAAGUCUUUUCAAAAAUGUAUCAAGAGUUGAGAGAACACAAUGUUGUCUUGAUCUGCCGACAAAUGGGAGCAAAUGUUGACGUAGCAAAGAAAAUGCUGAGUGUUGGGAGUAGCAUUUGUGUCUCUUUCCCUAAAAGUCUUCAAGCUUGUAAGUCAGCACUCCAGCCAGUUGUGCUACCAUGCCCAUAUUAUCAGCUAUCACACCUGUUAAAAUUUUUUUUAAACCAGCAUUUUUCUAGUACUUUCUUUGUUAUUUUUAACCAGAUGGGCCAUUCUGUGACUCAGUGGGUCUUUGUCAUACUUCUACAACAAGUUCUUUUUGUCCACCUGUUUUUUAACAGAUAAAAUGAACUGGACUCUCCUUUUCUUGUUCCCUUUAUAGGAAAGAGAAGUUUGACUAUAAUGAAAGCUACAUUAAACAUCAAUUCAAUAGCAGACACUACAAGCUCUUUAAGCUGUACAUUGAGUGUGCGGGGACUCAACGAAUGUAAUGAAGCCCAUGCAUCCUCUCGCCAGUGGGGCAAACUCAGAAGUUAGGAGCAACAUGGUGCAUGGGUGUGGUGAACAAGUAGGCACAGGUGUGACCACGAAUCCUGCCCCAUGAAAUGAGGUCACUCACCAUUCUCCUUCUCUGCUCACUUUGGAAAGGAUAUGCAUCUCUCAACUCUUUGUAUAUCACACCAGAAAUUUGAGCAAAGAUCCUCAUACAUAAAGGAUUUAGAGUGAUACUCUAAAACUCAAAAUUAUAAAAAAUAAUAUUCCAAGUCUCUGGAUUCCUAAGAUGCUGAAUAACUUUAAAAGGAAGAUUUGAGAGCUGAUGUUAGCCAAAGUGUUAGAAGAGUUCUUUCACCUUCUACUCCUAAGCUUUACAGCAUUAGAGGAAGUCUAGUGUGUUUGCAUCUUUUAGAGAAAAUAUAAGCUGUAUAAUAUUUAAAGAUGUCAAGAUGCUGGCUAUAUUUGAAUAGGUUGUAUAAGAAUUUUCCAUAAGCUAUAUUUUCUUAAUUUUUGAGAUAUCAGCUUACUUCUGGGGAGAGUCCUGAGUUCUUAAACAUGAAAAUGGAUGUCGAAUAUUAUCUGAGAUGAGUGUGGUCUCAGUGCUUUAUAAAUCUCUGAAGCUGCUUAUCUCAUAAUGUAGAGCUUUAGAUAAAAGUUGUUACAUAUACAUAGGAGAUUUUCUAAAAUUAUUGCCUUCAAAUUCUUGGGUAGAGACCCAACCACAAUGGUAUUGGUGAGCAAGAACAAGGAACAACAACCAAAAAAAAAAAAAAAAGAAAAAGUUGGCUAAAUCAUACUUUUCAAUACAGCAUAACAUGGAGAAGGUCAUAUUGACUUUUAGGUAGAAAAUAAAAACAGAUAUUUGUAACCAGAUUUAUGGAAAAUAUUUAUCCUUUUUGUCUAUCAGAGUUUAUGCCCUUAUAGCUAAGCUAAUAAAAAUAAACACCAGAUAUUUCACUAUGUCAUCAAAAUUUUGUAUACUUAGAGACAUUUAUUCACUGUAUAUGAUGAAUCCAAUACUCUCAUAAAUGGUACUUUAAUUUCAAGGUGUAGCAUCUUAAAGAUGUUUUUCUCCAAAGUUCUCUGUAUAAUUGAUGCUUAAGAUGUUUUCUAAUUUCAUAUGUGGAGAGAAGAUUGCUAACAAAAAUAAACAAAAACAUUAGUACCAAAAUAGUGGAACUAUUUAAAAGAAUGCUACUUUUUUGGGAAAAAUAUACCAAGAAAUCAUCUUUUAAUUGAGUGGUUUGACUUUGUCUUCCUAAUCCCUUUCCUUUCCCAAGGAAGUCAUGGCAAAUAACCCCUUCGCUGACUAAGGCUUUAAGGAUGAUUAGCAAAUUCUAUAGAAGUCUACAUAUCUGACCUUAACUGAAUAGAUCCCUUAUUGAACCUGUGGCUUCCAUCUUUACAUCUGUUGGCAAACCAAAAUAUUACCUGUCUAGCAAGCUAAUUGUGUAUGCUUGUGCUUAUUUUUUCCCAAGGGAUAUUUCUCUCCAAAUGUUCUUUGAGAGAAAGCUAGUGUUUUAGAAAGAAUAAUGACCAGAAAGAACAAUUUGGGGACCAUGGGUAUGUCAUUAAAUAUCUUGGUGGCUUCUCCUCAUGUAAUGUUUAUAAACCUUGAGUGCCUCCUAGGGUUUUUAUGUAAGGCUCAAAAGAUAAAAUACAUAAGAAAGUCUUGAAAAUUAUGUUCCGUUUCCCAAACACAUGCUAUUAUCACAAGAUAAUAACAAAUGAAAUACACAGUCUUAGUUUGAACCUCUUGGGGUAAGAAGUAUAACAAGGACCACACACUAAUUUUAGUAGGGGUAUUGGAAACUAAAAAUGGGCCAGUGACCUCAAGGUCACUGUGUUUGAUUGAAAACAUUUAAUUAAAAAGUAUGAGCUCCAUUUUAAUCUGUAUGUCCUCUUGUAUUUCUUUCAAAGAAACCAAGUAUAUUGUAGGUAGUAUAGUACAACUUGGUCAAUGUCCUUCAUGUAUAAAUAGGGCUUCUGUGUCCAUAGCCUGGUAAGAUUCUGAUUGUACUUGAAAUUAAGUAAAAAAAAAAAUUAUCCUGCUUUAGUUCCUUUGUUAAAAAUAGACAAUGUUCUAAUCACAUAGCACUCAAAUGCUUCACUGUAUCCCAACCAUUCACCUUUCAGUGACCUGACUCUCAUUUUUAAGCUAAGCAUGUUUGUUUUGUCGAUCUCCUAUUCGGAUCUCUGUUUUGUCUAAUGCUUUGAAUGUAGCUUGAAAUUUUAACAUGGUGUCUUCAUUCUAUAUGCCCCUGAAUAGACUGUGGUUCCUGACAAACACUGUUAGGUCACUUUUUCGUUGUACCAAAGUUCUAGUGGCUUCAGAAAUCAUAGCAUCCAAUGAUUUUUGUGGUGUCUGGGUUUGAAUAUUAUGGUUGAGAACUGUACUCAGUGAUUGUUCUGCACAUUUUUCAAAUAAAAAAUACAUUUUUAUCAAUUA